AUGCUUCGUCGCCUAGUCUCGUCCAAGAGCGACCACCCAGAGUCCGAUCAAACCGACGAGCACAUGUCACCUUCGCCAGGAGAUGCGCCCUCUUCGCCAGACUCGAGUCGCCCGAGCGGCCUGGCGAGCGUUUUCAAGGGUCUGACCGGCGCCAAAUUGACAAAAUCCCCUCCGCCGAGCCUCAAGUCCGCUUCUUCGAUCCUAUCCCCCAUUGCUGACCACGUCAACGCCACUCGAACAACCCUCGCCGGAUGGUCGCCGAACCACAUGGAGUCCUUGCAGGUGCUGAGAAACGGCAACGGCCCUGUCGGAGAACGUGUUGCUGCUGCGAACUCGCUCAGAUUUGCCGUCGCGGAACACCCCAUGAACCCAGUGCUGGAAAUAUGGGAUGUCGCAAAGACAAUGAUUACGCAGAAUAAAUCGGAUGCGGAGCGGAUUGCUGGCUGGGAACUUUUGUCAGAAUGCGUCAAGCACAAGGCCUCUACCGAUCUGGAGCGUCAAAGUUUCUUUGAAACUCUCAAGGCCCCUGCUCACGCCAACGACUUUCAUCUGCAACUCGCUGCCGUUGAAGAUCUCACUGCCCACGGCCGCGACUUAUCCGGGUUCGACUACCAAGUAAUUCCGCAACUUGAAGUGUGGCUUCGCGAAGCCUACCAGGCAGUCAAAGCGGCAAGGAAGCAAGCUAGCCGUGAUGCCAAGAAGAACGCUGGCAAGGCAAGGUUCUCUGCCGCUGGAGAAGAGAAGAACCUGCACCAGCUCUUCAAAUUCAUCGGCGAUAUUAUCAAGUUCAGUUCCAAUGUGGCCAACGAGAAGUCCAUGACUGAUCUCAUGAAAGUUCUGGUCGCCGUUUGUCUUACCACGACCAUCGAAGAGGAUCUGAAAGCGUCCAUCAACGUCAUUGACACGAUUGUAACUUUUGGUGCUUUGCCCACUGCAAGCUUCAAGGAGUGCGUCCUGGUUCUGGGUUCCAUCUUCUGCCUCGUGCCGAGCUUGUCCAAGAUCGCUUGGCACACAAUAUCCAUUCUCCUAAAAUCGCACAACGGCCCUGCAGCAGUGAGGGUGCUUGUAGACCUACUACGGAAUCUUCCAGCGGAUGGAACCAGCAAGGGGAAAGACACGAGAGAUAUUCGAGGCGUGUUGGCUGUUCUCGAAAAGCUAUUGACGAAAAACACGGAGAAGGGAUAUCCGCCCGUGCCUUUUGCACUCCUCCUCGAUGGAUUGGUCGCAGCUGUCCACAGCACCGACUCCGGCCGAGUUCACUGUGCUGUACUCAAGCUGAUCAAUUCUCUUUUCCGGGAUGGCGCCGGCAACAUUCACCAUCUGAUCAUUGAGGAGGACUGGUCGACGCUUUUCAACAUUGCUGCGGAAUGCUCCAAAAAGGCACCGUCGGGCAUUCUCGUCAACAGCGAGAUGAUUGCCCUCGCAAAUGAGCCUGACCGUCCAGAUGGCGCAAUAGGGAUCGAGUUGCUGAAGCUCAUUGCGCGCCUGGAGGAGUUGGCUGCGCAAAAGUCGGGUGAUUUCGUUCCGCGACAGAUCAUCAUAAGAUUCUUCAUCGAUAUCCACACUAGACUUCCAGACUCGGCAGCGCGCUGCGUUCUCACCUACUUCCAGGAAUUCAGAUGCUGCUCGCCUUCGGACUUACAAUGGGAAGAGAAUCUGGCUUUGGUCCUUAAAGAGUUCUACGCAAACAGGAGUCGCAGCUCCGAGACCCGCCUGUUAUCUCUCCAGGCCGUAACGGAGUCCUAUGAUAUGCUGGACCUCAUUGGUGAAGGGCUCGGCGACGACGACUGUGUUCCGAAUUUGAUCAAGGACCUUCUCAACAAUAUUGCCGAUGAAACCAACCUCCUGGUGCUCGAGUCUGUAGUGGCUUUCAUGGUUUCUGUCGCCGUUUCCUCAGAUUUGGAGCUCUUCAACUACAUUACGGAUACCCUCAGAACAAUUGUUGUCAAUGACCGUCUCUUAUCGCCCAUCGCGUCGUCCGCGUCUCGCCCAACGACUCCCGUUAGUGGCGAAACAGUGACUCCUCCCAAGAGUUACACGUCCUCCGGGGUCGUGACAAGAGGAUACGUCAAGCUAUUCAUGCGUUGUAUGAAUUUGGACGGACCCAAGACCCUCAAACUCUUUGACACACUGGUCAAUAUCGCGAAAACGAGCCAUUGCAAGACUGAUGCCCGGCUGACUGCCAUGAAGCUACUAUUCCGACUUCGAGCGGAUUGGGCAAAUCGAGUUUUCCUGAUAAACGACACAGAAUCCGACGGUCUCGCGGCGGCAUUGCUCCACACAGCUUCUUCUCGGGCGAAGAAGCAUUCUGAAGACGCAUCUCAACCUUCAAGACCCAGUAGGGCCGACAUGGGCGCUGUCUCCCGUUCUACGAGAGGAAUAUCCUUCAGUAGUUCAGGAACGCAAGAGAGAGUAUUUCCGAUCCGCUCCGCCAGCGGGGCAAAAUCAUCCUAUCCAUACAAACAACUUUGGGCGUUGCCUGACCCUGAGGCAUUGCCCGAGUCCCCAUCGGCGAUUGCGAGCCCUAUCUUGGUAUCAUUCGUCGAGGACCUAGAGCCAGAGGCCACAGAAGAAAACGAACCAUCCACCGUGGAGACGAAGCAGAUCGCACUGAACAUGGACUCUUGGCUUGACACGAUUGUACACAUCAUUGAAAGUGGCAGUGAAUGGGAGAUCUACAGCAUGGUAUUGGUUCAUCUGCCUUCGCAAUUGACCAACCACGCCAUUUUCCGCAGUGCGGUGCCGCAGAUUCAAGAGCUUCGACGAGUAACAUGCGAGCAAAUCAGGACGAACAACUUCCAAGAACCGCCAAACUCUACAAGCCUGCGACGCGCCGAUGUCGCUAUUUGUCUGUUCCAUACCUUGACAAUGAUUCUCAGCUACCACGAGUACUUCCAAAAGGACCAAGAGGACGAGAUUGUGCAGGCAUUCGUCAAGGGUAUUUCGACCUGGGAGCGAUGCGCAAAGUAUUGCAUUCACGCGCUGUCAAUUUGUUGCCACGAGCUGCCUCUGUCCACCAGCAAAACCUUGGUGCAGAUGUUGCAGAAGAUGGCACAAAUCAUUACACAGCCCCACGUUGCAAUGCACAUUUUGGAGUUCCUCGCUUGCUUGAGCAGAAUGCAAAAUCUCUAUGUCAACUUCAGAGAAGACGAGUACCGCAUUGUGUUUGGAAUUUGUGUUCGCUAUCUCCACGAAACAGCAACACCGACGGGGUCCACCUCGGACCUUUUGCAUCCGAAUGCUGCAGACGAUCUGCCUCAGUAUGUGUAUGCUUUGGCGUACCACGUCAUCACGUUCUGGUUCCUGGCUUUGAAGCUUCCAGAUCGUGCCAACCAUGUCGGUUGGAUUGCCAAGAACCUGCUCAGCGACGUUGACGGUGGGCAGAACCCUGAAGAGCAAGCCCUUGUCACGCUUGAUUUCAUGCAAAGGGUCGCCUACGCAGACGCCGAUGAGUCUUGUGAGGACCUUCUCUUUACUAAGGAGCGGUUCGGGGAAAUUUUGAAGCGAAGAUGGUUAAUGGGCAACAGCAUUGUGACGAUUGAGCAAUCGACGACGACUGGGUGGUCACAAAUCACGAAGCGGCAACCAUCGGGCACGUCCUCCUACAUUGUGCAUGAGAACUUCCGACCACGCCCAGCCCACCAAGCCCAGUACAUCUCUGAUGUCUCGAGAGACGGCCAAGUGACCAAUAACAAUAUCCUUCCCAGCCACUUGAUGGUGCAGUUGAUGACUUCAACGCCUCAAACGCAGGAUACUGCCCGGCCUAUUCCUCUCCCCAACGAUGAACCGACCCAACGAACGGUCCGUCUUUUUGACCGCAGCUCAACCGUAGACGGCCACAAGGUUGGAGUGGUGUAUAUUGGUGAGGGCCAAACAGAGGAGACGGAGAUUCUUGCCAAUGUCUCGGGUAGCAGCGAUUAUGUGGCCUUUCUCAACGGUUUAGGCGCUCUGACGAGGCUGAAAGGGUCCAAGUUCAAUACCCAGGGACUCGACAGAGAGUACGACACUGAUGGCGAGUACACCUUUUGCUGGCGCGACAAAGUAACCGAAAUGGUGUUCCAUGUCAUCACACAAAUGCCCACCAACCUUGAGCGGGACCCUCAAGUCAUUAUGAAAAAGCGGCACAUUGGCAACGACUUUGUCAACAUCAUUUUCAACGACUCUGGUAUGCCCUUCAGAUUUGACACUUUCCCGAGUGAGUUCAACUACGUCAAUAUCGUCAUCACUCCAGAGGCAAGGGCGUCAUUCCUCACCAUCAGAGAAAACCCGCCGAGCGAAGGGAAACAUCCGCCGUUUUACAAAGUCCAGGUGAUGAGCAAACCCGGCUUUCCCGAAAUCUCGCCAGCCUCUGAGACAAAGAUGGUCAGCCUGAGGGCUCUGCCAGGAUUCAUCCGACUUCUGGCCCUCAACGCCUCCGUCUUUUGUCUGGUGUGGGCAAACCGCGAGGGUGGCGAGCAUGUCAGUUCCUGGCGCAACAGGCUCAGAGAGAUUAAGAAGUUGCGAGACAAACACGGCCCCAAGAAUAACACUACCACCGUCCACCAAUCGUCGCAUCCACACUUGAGCCACCUGAACAGUAUCUCGACACCUUCGCCGCCGCCUUCGUCAUUGGGCGGCGCAGUCCUGGGCAAUAAUCACCUCAUAGCACAAGGCGUAGAUGCGUCCAAAUCUGCGGCCAAUGUGCGCGACAGCUUCAGCAGUCUACGCAGGUCCUCGGUCGCAACCUUUUUCACGAGCACCAGCGAGCAGACCAGCCACCGGAGCUCUAUGCUCUCUACCACUACCAACGAUACGGAAGUUUCACCAGUAAACGGACUCGAUGCCCUAGUUGAAUCCGUGGACUUCUCCAAGUGGGCAUAA